UAGUUUAAAGUUAGCUCAGGCCUAGCUCAGUUGAGGCUCCUUAAGCGAGCCUAUGCCAAUAAUCGAAUGAUUGGUUCAAAAUUUUCGAAAAUUAAACCACUAGGACAAAAAUGCCUACAGUGAAUUUAAAUAAAGACCAGGACGACAGUCAAUCGUGGGAGUUGGCAGAAAGGUGUCUCUUGCCCAUUGCUUUUUCACACGCGAUUGCAGUUAUUUUAGCGACAGUACUGAACACUUUAGGCAUCACUCAAACUUCUAGUUUUGUGCUUUUUCUCUUAUUUUUGAUAAUAUCCAUCGGCUCUACCUUGUUCUACCACAGCCUGAAGGUAUCAGCAGUAGGAAAAGCAGUUUUAAUUACUGGAUGCGAUGCAAGAGUUGGGUCUGCAUUAGCCAGAAGAUUAGACGAUCUGGGAUUUACAGUUUUUGCUGGAUUUUCCAACAAGGAAGAAAAUGAGGAACUCGUUCAGAAAUUGAAGGAAGACUCCUCAGGAAGGUUGCACACGGUACAACUGGACGUUACGAGCGAACAUGAUAUUCAUUCUACAUUUUUGUAUGUAAAUGAAAAUUUACCCGAUGGAGCACCAGGAUUGUGGGCACUGGUUCAUGCAGAUACUUGGGUAACUUUAGGAGAAUGUGAAUGGAUUCCAUCCUCUGUUUUGAAAAGGAGCAUAGACGCAAACGUUAUUGGCGUGGCGCGACUAACUCAGGUUUUUCUUCCACUUGUAAGAAGAUCGAAAGGUCGUGUCGUGCUAGUCGGUAGCCUUUUGGCACGAAUUCCAAGUCCAGUUAGAGGAAUACAUUGUGCAGUUAAAGCUGCAGUGGAAGCUUGGGGAACCUGCUUGAGACUUGAAAUGCGAAGAUGGGGAGUCGACGUUGUUAUUGUUGAAACUGGCGAAUAUGUUUCCGGAAAUGCGUGGUUAAAAGAUAAUUCUGUUCUGCUGGAACAGGCCAGAGAAAUGUGGACACAGUUAGAUCCUCAAACUCGAAAAGAAUACGGACAGAAAUUAUUUCAAAAGGAAAUGUUAGCCCUUGAAAAAUACACGAAAGGACCUGAAGCUGAUCUCACUCCAGUGACAAGAGCUUUAACUGAUGGAAUAUCAAAAACUUUUCCGAUGAAAAGAUACACUCCUGUUUCCCGCAGUGAAAGAAUACAAGCUUUGCUCAGUGAUCAUCUUCCGAGACCAUUUUAUGAUGCAUUGUACACGAAUUAAAAACAUUGCCCAUCCUAUUUACGGAAUUGUAAUUAGGAAACCAAUCCCAAAUCAUUUUAACCGAUUUCAUUUAAUGAAUGUAAAAACAAUGUAUAAAGCUGAGCUAAAGAAUAUUUAAAGCAUGACAUACUCUUAUGUGUUUAUAAAUAAAGGACAAACAUUCUACUU